AGGCUCACUUAAAUACGGAAGUGUAUCCUGUCUGGCACGCUGUCCAUACAAGAGUAUCUUUCCCACUCUAAAGCACAAGCUCGUUGAGAAACAUGGCGAAACCCAGAGUUUUCUUCGACAUCACUAUUAAUGGAGCUAAGACUGGCAGGAUUGUAAUGGAGCUCCGGGCUGAUGUGGUCCCAAAGACUGCAGAAAAUUUCCGUGCUUUGUGCACUGGGGAGAAGGGUUUUGGCUACAAGGGCUCCACGUUCCACCGUAUCAUCCCUAAAUUCAUGUGCCAGGGCGGGGACUUCACUAGGCACGAUGGAACUGGAGGCAAAUCCAUCUACGGGGAGAAGUUUGCUGAUGAGAACUUCCAGCUGAAGCACACAGGCCCGGGCAUCCUGUCCAUGGCUAAUGCCGGGCCCAACACCAACGGAUCCCAGUUCUUCCUCUGCACAGAAAAAACUAGCUGGCUGGACGGGAAGCACGUGGUGUUCGGCUGUGUUGUGGAGGGCAUGGAUGUUGUCAAGAAAAUGGAGAGCUACGGCACAGACGGCGGCAAACCAAAAGACAAAGCCAAGGUUGUCAUCGCCGACUGUGGCGAGCUAAAAUAGUUUGGGCUUGUUCUCCCGUAAGAUUUAUUUGUUCGUGUACCAUUUUGUACCUUCUAAUCGGUUCUCUGAGGACAUUUGUUAACACAAUCUGAAUAAAAUGUUGCUGAUGGUGUAAAUAAAGCAACUUGAAAAGCUAA